AUGCCAGCACAACACACCACCCCAAUGUCGCCUCAGCCCAACGCGGUCGCCUCGUCUUCCUCGGCUGCUCUCGUUGGUUCCGGCAAGGCGACACCACCACCACAACCACAGUCUCCUUCUUCGUCUUCGUCUGUUCAUCAGGUCGGCUCGAGGCAAGGAACGCGCACUCGCACACGCACCCGUCGCAAUGUCUCUUCCUCCACCUCCGGCUCUCACCGCACACCUCGAUACACCAAUGAGGACCAUCCUCUAGCACCCCACAACCUGGCAACUCGCGGUUACCACUCGUUCCGCUGCCUCGGCGUCCCCUUCCACGUCAAGCAGAGGUACACCUUUGUCCGUGAGCUCGGCAUCGGCGCGUACGGUUGCGUAGCUCUCUGCCGCGACGAGGUGCUCGAGUGCAAUGUCGCCAUCAAAAAAGUCACCCGCAUCUUUGAGAAGGACGUCCUCGCUCGUAGAGCUCUUCGCGAGGUGGCGCUGCUUCGUCACAUCGGCCUGUGCGACAAUGUCACCGCCUUGCUCGACUUUGACACCGCCUUCAUCGACUUUUCCGAAAUCUACCUCGUCUUGUCCGCAAGCGAAGCCGAUCUUUCGCAGAUCAUUCGUUCCGGUCAGUCGCUCUCGGAUGCUCACCACCAGUACUUUAUGGCUCAGAUCUUGAGAGGCGUUCGUUACAUGCACUCGGCCAAGGUCAUCCACCGCGAUCUCAAGCCCAGCAAUUUGCUCGUCAAUGGCGACUGUGCCCUUCGCAUCUGCGAUCUCGGCCUGGCUCGCGCCUAUGCGGACUCGGACGAGUUCCUCGCGCCACCCGCCACCAACGACGACGCCGAGUCCAAGCCGAGAUCCAGCAUCGGAAGCAGCGUCGAAGACGACCGCACCGACGCGCGCCAGUCCAGUCCUGACACUGACGCAGCACAAGCACCGCAACAACAGCAGCAGCCGCGUUCGGGCUCAGCACGAUCCCCUUCGCCCGCGUCGGAUCUCCACGUCCAGCUCUACAAGACCGACUCCAAAGGCAAGCAGAAGCGUCUCAACUACCCCGGUGGUCCCCUCACUGGCUACGUCGCCACUCGAUGGUACCGCGCUCCCGAGGUCAUGCUCUGCUUCCGCGAAGGUUACGGUCCUGAGAUGGACAUGUGGUCCGUCGGCUGCAUCCUCGCCGAGCUGAUCGGUGGUGGCCCCAUCUUUGGCGGCAAGGACUACGUCGACCAGAUUGCUCGCAUCAACAACGUCCUCGGCUCGCCCUCCGAAACCGUGCUCGACAAGAUCGGUUCCGAGCGUGCCAAGACGUACAUCAAGUCGCUGCCCCACAUGCCCGCCGUACCGCUCGAGAAGCUCUAUCCCAACGCCAACCCGGAAGCGCUCGACCUCGUCGCCAAGUUGCUCACCUGGGACCCCGACCAGCGACUCACUGCCGAGGAAGCGCUGCGCCACCCUUGGCUCAAGGCUUAUCACGAGUCGAAUGCGCGCUGGCAGGCACCUCAGCCCUUUGACAAGUUUGCCGAGGUCGAGUUCAUCCACUCUCUUCGACAGUUCAAGACGAGCUUGCAGCGCGAGGCCGAUGAGAUGCGCAUGGAGCUUGAGGAGCUCGAACGCGAGGAACUGGAGCAUCUCGGCGACGGCGGCAAGGCGAAUGGCGAGAGCAACGGAAAUGGCAACGGCGAGCACCACGAGGCUCAUCAGGACAUGGAGCCUGUUGUUGCCGACGGUCAGAACGGCCACCACGCCGCCAACGCCGAAGCGCAAGAGCCAGCACGAACUGAAGAGGAGGAGGCGUCCGACGAGCAACAGUCGGGAAACGUCCAGGGGGCAGAUGAAGUAGCCGACCUUCGAGCGCAAUCCGACGAGCGCCGGGGUGUCGAUGCCGAUGCCCCGCACUCUGAUUUCCCUCCCUACUACCACGCCUCGGGUGACGAGGGCGCCGACUCGGAUUCACAGGAUGCCGACGCGCUCUCGUGCAACGCCUCCUCGCAGUCGGCAGAAUCCUUGCCCGCGGACACGGCGUCUUCCAGCUCCUCGAUUCACACGCCUUCGUCCAUUUCGGGAGCUAGUGCAGACGAGGCCGAGCCCGCUUCGCCGCGCAUGUACGAGACGUGCGCCCUGUCGACCGCGCUCAAGAGCCGAGCCGAGCAUCUCGAGGAGGGCAAGGCGCUGCGCAAGCCGCCUUCGUUUUUUCAGCUAGGGCAUGAAGUGGAAGGACGUCGCUCUGUCGGCGCCUUCAUGCCCCAUCAAGUCCUCACCGUGGCACGUGGGCUGGUCGAGUACCAGACCACAGCAGCAGAUGCCGUGCGUGAACCGACUUAUUUUCCUUCUUCCGAGAAUGCAGCGUCGUCAACGUCAGAUGAACAGCAGGAUGGCAUGCGAUCGAGAUGCGAUACCAUCAAGGCGUCUGCUCUUUCCAACUCGAGUUCGACGGUGGCUGGCGGCAAAGCGGCAGGUGCUUCCGCCGCCAGCACAUCGGCGUCUUCCUCCUCGUCGCGAGGUGGCUCAGCAAGCACACCCUCGCUUGGACAGAGUCUGCUGGACGACAUGCUCUUCGCCCCGGCAGACGGAUCGUCUAGCGGCCUCAAGAGCGUCAGCUCGCAACGACACGGCAAGCAGCUGGUCGUCCUCCAAGACUCGAUCGUCCAAUCGUCAGUCAGCCUCAUGCGCGAUAUGAUCGCUCGCUCUACUCAGCGCAACCACGCUGUGCUGCUCGUCACCACACUGCGUUCGCCUGCAACCUACCUCGACGGGCACGCCUCCGACAAGGUUGCUGUCAUUGACGCGACCAUGCUCGGUGACGUCUUUGCCGUCGACGCGGGUGACGCCGUCAAGACGAUCGACGAGCUGGUUGAGCGCAUUCGCACCCAGCUCUCCGCCCUUAGUGCCAAUAUGACUAAGACCACGGUGGUGAUCGACUCGCUCAACGCUGUCGCGCACGCUGCCGGCGAAGAGACCGGGGUGGCGAUGACCAGCAAGCUGGUGCGCGAGACGCUCGGCUCUGUUGGUGCGUCAUCGCGCGUGAUUGUCGGGCUGCAGAUGGGCGGUGUUGAGGCGUCCACCCAUGCAGGGUUGCUUUCGACGCUCCAUUCGCCGUUGAUCUGGGGUGCCGCCUCUGCCGGAUCUGGUGGGACCCUGCUUUCGGUCGCAAUUCAUGCACCGGCGCUCCUCCGCCACGUCUACAAGCAGUACGGACUCAAGCCGCCUUGCACUCCCGCAGCGAGCAGGCGCGUGCUGGGGUUGGACGGUGGCGAUGACGCUGACGAGGUGGAUACGCGUUUUUGGGACGUCCUCAAGAAUGUCGCUAGCCGCGGACCUAUGGGUAUCGCAGCGUACGAGGCGGGUGGCGGCACACAGGGAUGGUGGGCUGGCGAAGGGUGCGCCUUUGAAUCGCUCGACGUUGUUGAGACGGGCAGUGGGGAGAGCGAGUCGACAGCGGGUGUGAUUACCCUGGCAGAUCUGUUGAACCCAGCACGGACAGGAUACGCGGUGCUCGAGCUGCACUACCACGCGCGCAACGGCAAGACGCAUGAGGAGCUCGUCGGCCUUGUCACAGCACCAUCGACGCAGCUCGUACCGUUGGACAUGGUCGAUCGCACCACCACCGCCACUCCCACUGCCACCGCCACGCCGGCACCAGGCGACGCACACAGCUCCAUGAUCUCCACGCUCCCGUUCAACCUCGGCGAGACAACCGAUCAGCGAGAACGACGCGAAACUGUCCCCCUCCCCUACGCUUAUCAUCAACACCAAGAGUCGCUGAGGGGAACCACAGGCAACGCGCACAUCUUCUUCGAACCCGAACAGGAUGAUGACGAAGACGACGAGGAUCCGGACGACGAUCUGGAUCUUUGA